AUGAUUGCGGCUGCUAAGAACAACUUGAACAAGGAUGAGACAAAAGACAGACUUUCUAAUGAACAAAGAAGGUCCUUGAAGAGAAUCAUCAAAGAAGGAGAAGACUGGCUACAAGCAAAUCCUGAUGAAGAAGCAGAAGUUUACAACGACAAGAAUAAAGACUUGCAGCAGUCUCUCGCACCUCUUUUGACUGAUCAGAAGUCUAAGAUGAAUAUGGAUAAGGAAGAUGAUGAAGACAAUGAUGACGAUGACGAUGAUGACGUCGAUGAUGACGAAUUCGGUGAAACAUAA